AUGAUAUCAAGAUUUGGUAUGGUUGCUGCUGAAUUAGUUCUUGAACGUGUUAAGGAGUUAAAUCUAUUUAAAGAAAUAACUGAAAUUUAUAUACUUGUUCCAGCUUUACUUGAUUUAAAAGGAUAUUUAGAAAAGACACUGGCAUCACGUUUAUCAUACAAUAUUGGCAAUAUAAUUUUAACACAAUUACAAGCUAUUAUUGUUGAUUUUCUUGCUACUCUUGCAUCACUUACUAUGGAGUGGAUAUCUCAAGGACAUUUUACCUUACGAUAUACACUUGUUUUAUUUAUUAAUAUUUCACAUUUUCUUGGUAAACUGGAAGGUAAAACUUCAUAUCUUCAAACUCCAUGUUUUGCUAAUUUACGUGGAUGCCAUGAUCUUUUUCUUGCAACACGUUGUAUUAAACUAGUUGUUUAUUCGCCAGUAGAAUCAAAUUCGAUUCAAUACAAAUAUCGAACAUGUAGUAGGGAUGAAAGUAAUGAUAAUAGAAUCACUCGUACAAGUCAUCGUAGUUUUAUUAAACCUGAUUGGAUUAAUCUAUAUCGACGAUUACGUGGAUGUUUACAUAUAUGUGAUAAAGAUGCAUGUAAUCAAGUUUUUAAUUUUUAA